AUUUCAACUAAAAGAAAUAAAAAUAUUGCUUCAACAAAUUCUUGUAACCGUUUGCCAAAAAACCUCAGUGUACUCUGCUUUUGCUGCCACUAAAUCAAACUCCAAGAUUCAACAAACACUAUCAAUCACAGCAAACAAAGAACGAAAGAGUAAGAAUCAAAUUAAAGGCUUAGAUGAUGCCACAUCAUUUGGGAAAAAUUCGUGAUCCGUUUUUACGCUUCAAAGUAGCAUUUACCAAAUCUAAAAGUUCCUAAAUCUGGACAUAAUCUUCAACUAAUUCAGUUUUAAAUAGGGAUCAAAAGUGUAUUAGCACUCUUCGGAAGUGCCAAAUUCAACUACUUCACUCAUUCAAGUUCUGAAUUCAACUAAUUCAGUUUUACUUUGGUUAGUUCUUCUUUUCCACUUCACUUUUUGGAUUACUUUGGUUAGUUCUUUAAGUUUCGUGUUUGUAACAAUUAUGUUUUAAGUGUUUUAUAUGUAGAGAUGCCCUUUUAAGUUUUUUAGUUAACAAAUAGGUCAUUUGUGUUUCUAACUUGUUGCAAAGUCAGGUGGUAACUUCUGUUACUUUAUUAUACCGUGACCGUUAACGUCGACUUCCACCAUGGUGGGUAUUUUGACGAAAAUGGCACAUAUGUUGGAAAAGAUUAACCGAACGGGUAACAAUGCAACAAGUUUUUGUAACGGGGAUAACUUAAAGGGAAGAAAACCAUCAAAGCUAGACAUGGAGUCAGAUAGAAUUAGUUGCUUACCGGAUCAUAUAAUAGAUCAGAUCCUCUCACACUUGCCAAUUAAGGACGCAGGGAGAACAAGUGUUUUAUCCAGCAUAUGGAGAAACAAAUGGUCCACACAACCAGAUCUUGUGUUUGAUAAACAAUGUGCACCUGUUGCAACUUCCGGACUCCCUUCGGUUAUCAAGAUUAAAUUUUUGAGAAUGAUUGAUCAUGUACUUUUACUUCAUUCUGGGCCGAUCAACAAGGUCAAGAUCUCCGACUCUGGUCGUCAUAUCAUUGAUAUGAACUCUGUGGCUGAUAUUGAUCGGUGGAUUCUUCAUCUAACCAAAAGGUCUAUCAAAAAGCUUGUCCUGCACUUUUGUUUUCAGUUUCAGCAACGCUAUAAGAUACCUUGGUGUUUAUUUUCUUGUCAAAGUUUACAAGGUUUAAAAUUAUACUACUGUUGGCUUAAACCUCCAACAACGUUUGAAGGCUUUAGGAACUUGAAAAGUCUUAAAUUAAAACAGGUUACAAUGGCUCAAGAUGCUUUUGAAAAUUUGAUAUCUGGCUCCCCUCUGCUUGAAAAACUGAUAUUGUCGGAUUGUAUUGGCUUCACCCAAAUUAAUAUCCACGCACCAAAUAUGUGGUUUGUUGAAAUCGUGGGGAAAUUUGAGGGUAUUAGCUUUGACAACACUCCUCAAUUGGCUAACGUCUUUGUUAAUCAAACUACUCAAAGUAGAUUGCAUCGAUGCUCUAGCAAUUUGGUCAAUUUUUUCGAUCAUCUACCCAACAUUGCGGUCCUAGUAAUACAUUCAUAUUUUAUAAAGAUUUUGCUUGCAGAUGUUGUGGUGCCAGUAAAACUUCCUACACCUUGUAUCAAUCUAACAUCUCUUUCCGUAUGCAUAAACUUCAAUGACUUGAAGGAAAUUUCGGCUGGUCUUUGCUUGCUCAAAAGUUCACCUAAUCUGCAAGUAUUAGGAAUCUUUGCACGACAUGAAAAGCAUGCUGACCUUUUAACACCUGUCUCCUAUUGUUGGGAAGAUAUAUUUUCAGAGCCAAUUAUGUCCUUCAAAUUGGAACGUGUAAUGGUAGGAGACAUAUCCGGUACCAAAUCUGAAUUAGAUUUUAUCAGAUUUAUCCUUCUCUAUUCACCCGUGCUCGAAAAGAUGACCGUGGAGCCUGUUGUAAACUUCACAUCGGAGUUGAUGACAGAAUUAAUCCGAUUCAGGAGAGUAUCGGGACAAGCUGAAAUUGUUUACCUUGCGAAAGACUCUUCGUAAUGUUUUUUAUUCUCCUCAAAUCAUCUUGUGUAUUAUGAUGACUUUUAUGGUGGUUAUGACUAAAGUUAAACUUUUUAAUGACAUGGCAAAUUAUAAACUCCUUUAUAUUGCAUACGCUCCAAAUUAGGAGAAUGAAAAAUUGAAUGAUGUUAGAUGGAAUGAGUAACAUUGUGUUCUAUUUCACUCCAUUCAUUUUUUACAAAUCCAAACAAUUAAAUCUAAUGAUUUACCAUGAUGUGGUUUAGAAUGUGGACCAAAGUUUGGGUGUUCAUCAUGUUAUAUUUGAGAGUGACUCAAAAACUCUUGUUGAUGCUAUCCUUGCAAAUAAGGGAGGUGUAGGUGAAUUUGGUUCUAUUGUUUCUAAUAUUAGAGGCAUGAUUGUUAGUAAUUCCAAUUUUGUAGUUAAGUUUGUUCGUGGUAAAGAGAAUAUGGUUGCUUAUAUCCUUUUUAGGGCGGCCAUUUCUUAUGUUGGUCACCGUACUUUUGAUUCUUUAUCAUCUUGUAUUAAGCAUCUUUUGAUUAAUUAAAUGAAUUGAGUUUUCUUUUGUCAAAAAGAUAUAAAAAAAAA